AGGCGCGGGGGGGGUAUUUUGUUCGCUGGGCGUAUUGUUCGCUGGCGACGUGCGAGGUUGCAGAACUUCGUGCAGAAAUUUUGUUAGAGGUGUUUCUGUAAUUGGAGAGGGAGCAGGAUUUCUGGGCGGUAUUUUUGGUCCGGCGCAGGUACCUAAAAGUGGUAACUGAACUCGGUGUUGAAGAGAGCAGGUACUUAAGUGACACACCCUAACCCAGGCACUGUACAGUGCCACCCAAAUAGUGUCAGCGUGUACAGUGACUGCAACCCGUCAAGCCCGGAUUACACCUCUCCCUCCCCACCCCAGCUUCGCACUCUCCUCUCCUCCCAUCCCAUCCCACCCACUCUUCCCACGCAUCUCCCCAGCGAUGCUCGCACGGCGACUCCCACGUUCCACGCGCCCCACCUCGUUGCUGCCGCGACUCACCCCCAUGGCCACGCGGGCAAUCGGCCGGCUCCAAAUCGCUACUCCCUUCCUGCCAACCCGUCAAGUCCGUACGCCACCGUCCCCGUCCCCUUGGCGUCCCCCAGACCCUCCGCUGCCGCGCUCCACGGGGCCGGCGCGGCGAAGCGGAGAGGACAGGCGAGCGUGCACAGGGGACCGCGCGGGGGGCUGCGCGGGGCUGCCGGUGGUGCACCACGCGCUGUUCAGCGCGCCGCAACUGGCGGCGGGGCACCGUUUCCCGAUGGGCGUGUUCGAGGCGAUUCACGACAUGCUGCUUCGGGAAGGGAUGGUGCGACCCGCGCAGGUGGUCACACCCCAUCCAGUGCCUCUCGCCUCGGACCUGCUUCGAGUGCACUGCCCGCAGUACGUGGCUCUCUUCUGCCAGGGCGCGCUGCCCCCUGCUGCCAUGCGCCGCAUUGGCUUCCCCUGGUCGCGCACCCUCGUUAGAAGAACACUCGCCGAGGUGGCAGGCACGUUGCUGACGGCACAGCUGGCACUGGAGCACGGGCUCGCAUGCAGCACGGCAGGGGGCACGCACCAUGCAUUCCGUGACUAUGGGUCGGGCUACUGCAUUCUGAAUGACCUUGCUGUCACUGCCGCCGCCCUCACUUGCUCCACCGUGCACCCCACUGCACCAGACCCACCACUACCAUCACCGUCAACAUCACCAGCAGUGCCUUCGUUAGCCCAAGCAUUUUCCUCACAAUCGGUACCGCCAGCAGCAUCACUACCAUCCGUUUUACCAGCAGCAGCAUCACUACCAGCCGCACCUGCACCAGCAAUCGCGGCUGCUGAGGGCAAGAAGCAGGACCUCUGGAGAGAGCUGCUUGCGGGAGCAGAGGACAGGGAGGGCGAGAGGGUGGUGAAGCGAGUGCAGCGAGUAGCGAUAGUGGACCUGGAUGUGCACCAGGGCGAUGGCACAGCAGCCAUGCUCGCCACGUGCCCCAACGUGUUCACCUUCAGCAUGCACUGCGGGGCCAACUUCCCAGCCAGGAAGCAGCAUUUACCAGGUUGGGUUGUGUGAAAAUGCCAGAUGGUUCCAGCUUUGGUUCCGUGCCUGGCUGGUUCGGUAAAAGAAAGCCACUGUUGACUUUCUCCACCCUCGCUAAGCUUCACAUCAAAAUUUGCAGCCUGUGAGCCAAUAACAGCAAAACAAGUUU